CGCGAUCUGGCAGCAUCGUUCCAAUGCGCUGUGAAUGCCUUGAGCUGAGCCGCAAAUAAGAAGCAGAACACUGACAGCCUGUAAUUUUCAGAUAUGCAAUAAGAAUUUAAAAUCACUGGAAAUAAGCGCAGGAUUACAUGUCUAACACUCGCAAGGAUCCUUGCAAAGCCAACGCCUGCCGCAUACAAGCCUGCCUGAACGAGAAUAACUACCAGGAGGACAAAUGCCUAAAAGUCCUGGAGGAUAUGCGCCAGUGCUGUCUGAAGUGGCAUAAAGAAUCGCUUUGCUGCAGUGGAAUCGAUUUGGAAAAGGUCUAUCUGCCAGAAGCAUCAAAGGGGCAGAUCCCAACCGGCAAGUCGAACAAAUAAUGACCAUACCGCAGUACAAACCACCAAAGGAAAUCCAAGACUUGCUAGACAAAAAGGACCAGCAACAGGUUAACCAACGCAGGCGAACCGCUGUGCUGCCCAAGCGC